GCGCACAUACACAAACGCAAAUGCACCGAGAAUAAAACUGAAAAAGGGAAACGAAUAAACGUCGGUUCUCUUCUCAAUUCAACACUUGUUAAAUUUCAUUGCGUUUGCGAUUCUUUUUUACAUCAAUUAAACAAAAACAACGCAUUCAAACUUAGUUAUUUAACUGUGAUCGCCAACAUCUAAACAUUUCUCAAAUUUCAAAUUAGACCAACAACACAAAAAUAAAACCUGUGCGGCGGAGUAGAACAGCCACUACAAGCAACAAAAAAGGCCUCACAAAAACCAUAAGCAAUAAUAUUGUGCAUUAGAAACAGUCAAACAGACAUCGGGCAACUGCUGCUAAGAUUGUUUUACAGACUAAAUAAAAUCAACCUCGGCAAGAACAGAGUAAAUUCUCAAUCUCACUCUCACUGGGACUAAACUUAGCCGCUUAACCAAACGCUUGGAACUCUAGCAAUGGUCAUGGAUGCGACUCAAUCGCAACAGCCUUCGCCGCAGUCGGUGGGACGCGAGUUCGUGCGUCAGUAUUACACGCUGUUGAAUAAGGCGCCCAAUCAUUUGCAUCGCUUCUACAACAACAACUCGUCGUUCAUACACGGCGAAUCGACAUUGGUUGUGGGUCAGCGCGAGAUUCAUAAUCGCAUACAGCAAUUGAAUUUUAACGAUUGUCAUGCCAAGAUCAGUCAGGUUGAUGCCCAGGCCACUCUCGGCAAUGGAGUUGUCGUUCAGGUCACUGGUGAGCUGUCCAACGAUGGUCAGCCAAUGCGCCGCUUCACCCAGACAUUUGUCUUAGCUGCCCAGUCGCCCAAGAAGUACUAUGUGCACAACGAUAUCUUUCGCUAUCAGGAUCUGUACAUCGAGGAUGAGCAGGAUGGCGAGUCACGCUCCGAAAACGACGAGGAGCAUGACGUUCAGGUCCAGGUUGUUGACCAGGCCGUCCAGGUUGUAGGCGAAGCCGCACAGCCGCCACAACAGUUGCCCACUCAGGUGGUGCUCCCGCAGCCGGUUGUGCCAGUUGCUGCCGCUGGCGGAGCUGCUGCAGCGCCGCAGCAAAUGUUUUAUCCACUGCCAGCUGGCGCCGCAGCUGGACGACCCGUGGCCGUAUUGCCAGCAGCACCACAAGCUGCAGCGGUACCGCUGCCUGCGCAGUUCACCAACCCGCCGCCGCCAAUCCAGAACGGAGUUGUACCACACGAGGAGUUGCCACAGCAGCAACAGGGACCGCCGCAGGCUUUGGUGCAGGCUAAUGUAUCGCCUUUGGUUCAACAGCAGCCGAGUGGACCCGUGAUGCCGUCCAAUGUUGGCAUUGUGCAACCAGUACCAGUGCAGCCAGCUGCGGCUUUCCAGCACUCGCCGCUUGUGUCGGCACCACCUCAGCUGCUGCCGCAGCAGCAUCAGCAGCAACAACAGCAGCAGCAGCAGCCACCACCGCAGGCCAUGCAGCAGCCAUUGGAGCCAGAGGAACCAAUUAACAACGAGGCGAAGGUCAGCCACUUGCAAAGGGCAACAACCCCAGUGGAGGACUUUAAGACCAUACAUGAGCAGCAGCAACAGGAGAAAUACGAGGCAGCCAAGCAGCAGCAGAAUGAGCCCAAGACCUAUGCCAAUCUGUUCAAGUCCACAUCGUCGUCGCCCAGUGGCUUUGUCAAUGCGGCACUGCAGCAGCAACAACAGUUGCAGCAACAGCAGCAGCAGCAACAAACCCAGAGCAAUGUUUACACCUCUUCAACUGGCGGCGGCCAGGCCAGCUACUCUACAACCGCCUCUUCCUCCUAUAACAAUAACAACAGCAACAACAACUCUCGCUUAGAUAAUGGAGGUCCACUGCCACAGCGCAAUAAUUCGAUUCGGAACAAGGAGUUUGAUCAGCGUCGUCCUAGCAAUGCACAACAGUUUGGCGACAAUCAGCAGCUGUUUUUGGGCAAUAUACCACACCAUGCAUCCGAAGAAGAGCUGCGUCAACUAUUCUCGCGUUUUGGAAAUGUUAUUGACUUGCGUAUUCUAUCCAAAGUCGGCAGCAAGGUGUUGCCGGGCAUGCGCAGUCCACUCAACUAUGGCUUUAUUACCUACGAUGAUCCUGAGGCGGUACAAAAGUGCCUGGCCAAUUGCCCCCUGUACUUCCCAGAGAACUCGCCCGAUGGCCAGAAACUGAACGUUGAAGAGAAGAAACCACGUAUGCGCAAUGAUAUGCCUCCUCGUCAGCCCAUUGGUGGCAACAAUAUGAAUAAUAUGGGUCGCAAUAAUAUGCGGGCCGGUGGUGGGAACAACGGACCGCGCAUGGGCGGCAAUGGGGGCGCUAGUUUUGGACAGCGCAAUGACAAUCGCAGCAGCGGUGGCGGUAAUCAAUCCAACGGACCACUGCGCGGUGCCGGCAAUGGACAGACCGGUGGCGGUAAUUAUGGACGCCGUUAAAAUGCAGAGCGUAAUCAGAACCGGUGGCCACUCAUUGGAUGGCCGCCAGUGCUGAAAUAACAACAGCAACAACCCAACGUCAGCAUCGAUUUCUUCCAUAAUGCAAACAAUCAAUUACCAUCAUCAACGUCAUGCAGUCACACACACACACACACACACACACACACACACACACACACACACACA